CACACAUGACUAUAUAUAGGCUUAUGCAUUGAGAGAAUUUGAUGAGUCAAAGUGCUUAGAUGAACAGUUCCAAAAGUCAAAAGUGGACGAAUAUAGCGGGACGGAGGGAGUAUGUUGGUAGUUUGGUACAUUCUGGUCAAUACAAGGGCAGUUUCGUCCUAGUCCUUUCCCGAGGAUGAUUUUGGUGAUUUGGUCGUUAGGUUUUGUUUAUUUAUAGGAGGUGAGGGUAGAAUCGAAUUACAGACAAACAGAGAGUUAGUAGUGCUGCAGCUCCGUUCUAGAGAGAGAGAGAGAGAGAGACGACGUCGUCUUCAACAUAAUGGGGAUCGGAAAAUGCAGCAAAAUCGGCCACAUUGUGAGAAUCCGACAAAUGCUGCUGCGGUGGAGGAGGAAAGCAGCGCAUCCCGUUCCGGCGGACGUGCCGGACGGACACGUGGCGGUGUGCGUCGGGAAAAGCUGCAGGAGGUUCGUGGUCCCCGCGUCGCACCUGAACCACCCCGUCUUCCACAAGCUCCUGGCUCAGGCCGAGGAGGAAUACGGCUUCGCCCACCAAGGCCCCCUCUCCAUCCCCUGCCACGACUCCGUCUUCGAACAGACCCUCCGCUUCGUCAAAGCUGACCUAUUCCGACGGCGAUGCUGCGGCGGCGGCCUUGUCCGGGACGAGGAUGUUUUCGUCGAAUCUCGGCCGAUGCUUCAGAUUUGUUAAUUGAUUUCCGUUUAUCUCUUCUUCAUCGACAGCGGCGGGGUGACAUUUUUUUACCAUGGAGAUGGCAGAUGAUUAAUUAGAGAGAGCCGGCGUGGCAAAUACUGACGGGUCAACUCAGCCAUCCCGAGUUCACUCGGAGUGUUUUUUUAAUUUGUUUUUCUUUUCCGGUCCGGUUCAUGUUUGGGCCGGUCAUGUGCUGAAGAAAAUGUUUGAGAAUCU